AUAAGUGAUAAUUAUACGAACUCAUUGACUGCAAUGCUGACAGCAAGUGUAGAAUCGAGUUUCAAUCAAACAACGAAUGAGAGACGCGAUGCUCUUUAUGUUGUCAUACCGGUGACAAUUAUUUAUGGAAUCAUAUUUUUCACCGGUUUGGUGGGUAAUGUUUCGACUUGUGUUGUCAUUGCAAGAAACCGUUCAAUGCACACGGCAACAAAUUAUUAUUUAUUCAGUCUUGCCGUUUCGGAUUUAUUACUACUUGUUUCGGGUUUACCGCCAGAGAUGUAUUAUAUAUGGUCACACUUUCCAUAUAUUUUUGGUGAAUCUUUUUGUGUGAUACAAAGUUUUGCUGCUGAAACAUCUGCUAAUGCAACUGUACUUACUAUUACGGCAUUUACUGUUGAAAGAUACGUAGCAAUUUGUCAUCCUUUCCUGUCUCACACAAUGUCCAAACUUUCACGGGCUGUCAAAUACAUUGUCGCGAUUUGGCUUCUUGCUCUGUGCCUGGCUAUACCGCAGGCUAUUCAAUUUGGGGUUGUUUAUUCACAAGAGAUGAAUGGGACGAUGAUAAUGGAUACAGCAAUGUGUUCUGUAAAGUGGGUAAUCAUUGAGCACGCAUUUGAAAUAUCGACAAUUUUAUUGUUUGUUGGGCCGAUGACAAUAAUCACUGUACUCUACAUACUCAUUGCCAUUAAAUUGAGGCAUUCAAGACUACUUACUACCAUAAAGAGAAAUCCAUUUCCUGGCUGUCUCAAUCAUGGUGAUAGUGGCAGAUCACGAGGAUUGGCUCAACGUAAUGUCAUAAGGAUGCUUGUUGCAGUUGUGGUUGCAUUUUUUAUUUGCUGGGCGCCGUUUCAUGCCCAAAGAUUACUUGCUGUUUAUGCCCAAAGUACCGGUAAAGAACCACAUGCUGCUUUAGUAACAGUCUACACAGUCUUGACAUAUAUAUCAGGAAUAUUUUAUUACCUUUCGACAACUGUUAAUCCUCUGCUGUACAACAUCAUGUCAAAUAAAUUUCGCGAAGCGUUUAAGACAAUGUUGGCGGAGCAUUGUCGCACUAGAUCUUCAAGAUCAUCAGCAUCACAAAGACACAGUCCGCAAUUAUUACAGACUUACAUUAGUUUUUCACGCAAUCAAAAGUCAACAUUAAGAAGACAUGAUCCCCAUUCAUCUUCAUCGGCAAGUGAUGACAUUCAACAGUUAGCACCACUGACUAAAAAAAAUAAUAAAGAACAAGUUAUGAUGCGGCAUUAUUUAGAUAAUAUUAAUCCGUCAAAUUCGUCGUAUUCGUCGGGCCAAGUUAUUAAUUGGCAGACGAAAAAAAAAAUAAAUAAAAAUAAUAAUAAUAACAAUAACUCGAGGUCACGGCCAGAAGAAAUUACUUUAGUAACGUCUCUGGCGAAAGGUUUCAACGACAGCUGUAAUAAUAAUGGAGGGAUUUCUCAUGCUAUCAAUAGAUGUUUCAGCAGGGACGAAAUAGCUAUUAAACCAGUGACAAUUGAUAUUUUUAGUGAUAACAAAAAAUGCGAGACAAAUAGUCUCUUUGGUCACCAAAAUGAACGAUUUAAAAAAAAAUGUUCUGUAGAAAAUGAAAUUUUAUCGACAAAUCAUCAAGUUAAUAAGAUAAAAAGUUAUCCAUGCAUUGAAAGUGCGAGUACUAUAAGUAAUUCAAGCCUUCAAGAUCUAGAUAAAAUUGAAUUCAUGGGUACUGAACUUGCGCGAUAUAUGGGAGUAUUGAAUUUUGAUCAUGUCACUUGAUCAGAGAACAGAAAAAAAAUUGAAUGACAAAAAAAAACGUGUUAUAAAUAUCUGUAACAUAUUUUAAAUAUUUAUAUCAAGGAGACUUUAAA